AUGAACGACGUGACAGACUAUCUGCAUGUGUCCAGUGCUAUCGACGCUACUGGAUUCAAACUAAACCUCCCGGCCGAGUCCCAGGUCCGAAACGCAAGCCUCUCGAAUGGCGCGUAUCUACUAGGCGGCCCCAAGACAUACAACCUCAACAUAUCAUUCCCGUAUACAAGCGGCUAUGUGAAUAGCUCUGAUCCCAGAGACAAGACGCUAUCCUUCAUCGAGCAGCCUGAUCUCCUCAAGGCCGCACUGGCCGACUUCUUCGUCAUCUACACCAACGACACGAGCGGGCCCGUGGCGGCGCCGUUCCGCGCCGUUGAGGUUUUGAUGCACUUCUGCGUCAACACGUACGCCGCCGCCGUGAGGGAAGGCGUGUCGCAGACAACACGGCUAGCUUCGGGCACUAACGUCACAGAGAGCACCAACUCUGCGGAUCUCCUCUCCCUUUCGGGAGAUGGCAGGAACUUCACAAUCAACACUACGUAUGCGCUGUUGCUCGGCGACUACCUGAGGCAAACGCUCUCUGGAACCUACUCGCUUCGGCUUGGAGACCAGGCUGUCGGAAGAACAGGGGCGAGUGAUGCUGUUGGUGCCGCGCUGUAUGUCGGCGAUCUUCUAAAGAGUCUCACGGAAUCCAACAAUGACGCGCUGAGGCACCAAGCAAUUAGGAAUAUCACCGAGAAUGUGGCGAUUAGUUUGUCAAACACUAUUCGAGGACAAGGGACAACCGAGAUCGGCACCGUCUUCAUAACAGAGACCUACGUCUGUGUGCAAUGGGCAUGGCUCGUCUGCGUUGCGGCGCAGAUCAUGAUGUCAGCAGUUUUUGUCGUUGGUGUCAUGAUCCAGACGUCUGUCUGGAAAGUCAAAGUUGUCAAGAGUUCGGCGCUUGCAACCAUGCUGGCCCUUAAUACCGAGGACAAGGGCCGCUUGGAGCGAGAGAACAUGGGCCAAGUCACGGAACCUCGCACCAUGUCAACGCGGUUGAGGUCAGCCAAGGCUAAGUUUUCGUUGCAAGAAGACGGCAGCUGGUCUCUAAACUUGGAUUCGGGGCAUGAGCCUGCUGGAUAG